GGAUUAGGCCCCCAGCUGUGUAAAUCCCUCCGCUUCCUGUCUUUCGGCCUCGUUAGCUUGGUGAGGCUGCAGUGGCGGCGGCGACUCCUCUCUCAACAUCACACCGCGACCAGCGCUCAGGCCCCGUGACCGACACACCGCGGAGACCCUGAAAGAUGCCCUCAGCCACAAGCAGCAAGGCCGUGCCGGGCUCCGGCGAGGCAACAGCGACUGGUACUGGGAGCGUACAGAGUGAGGCCAUGAAACAGAUCCUGGUGGUCCUCGAUAAGAAGAUCCGGAACCUCGAAAAGAAGAAGGGCAAAUUGGACGACUACCAGGACCGAAUGAAUAAAGGAGAGCGACUGAAUCAGGACCAACUGGAUGCGGUGGCGAAAUACCAAGAGGUUGUAACAAACAUGGAAUUUGCUCGUGAGCUUCAAAGAAGUUUCAUGGCUUUGGGGCAAGAUAUUCAGAAAACAAUCAAAAAGACUGCUCGUCGUGAGCAGCUCAUGCGUGAAGAAGCGGAACAGAAACGGUUAAGAACAGUGCUAGAGCUCCAGUUCAUCUUGGAUAAGCUUGGAGACGAGGAAGUCCGCAAUGACUUGAAGCAAGGUUUAAAUGGCGUCCCUGUGUUGUCUGAAGAAGAACUUUCUGUAUUGGACGAGUUUUACAAACUGGUUGAACCUGAUCGGGACCCAACUGUAAGGUUGAGUGAGCAGUAUGACCAGGCUUCCAUUCACCUGUGGGAUGUCCUUGAAGGAAAAGACAAGUCUGUCUGUGGAACCACAUAUAAAGCCCUGCGUGAACUGCUGGAUCGUAUCCUUCAGAGCGGAUAUUUUGAUAGCCCCCAGAAUCACCAGAAUGGGCUCUGCGAGGAGGAAGAAGCCCUUGCAGCGCCGCCUGCAGAAGAACAAGCGCCCGAGCUCGAACCCGAACCCGUGGAGGAAUAUGCUGAGCCCACUGAAGUAGAGUCCACUGAGUUUGUGAACAGACAGUUCAUGACAGAAACCCAGUUCAGCAAUGAGAAGGAACAGGUUGAUGACUGGACAGUAGAAACUGUUGAAGUUGUGAACUCACUUCAGCAACAGCAGGCGGCAUCCCCUCCCAAUCCUGAGCCCCUUCAGCUAAAUGCUAUCCCUCAAGUUCAGCCUGAUCCUAUUGUCCGACGGCAGAGGGUUCAGGAUCUGAUGGCCCAAAUGCAAGGUCCAUACAAUUUCAUGCAGGACUCUAUGUUGGACUUUGAUAACCAACCAAUUGACCCAGCCAUUGUAUCUGCACAACCUAUGAAUCCAGCUCAAAGCUUGGAUCUGCCACAGAUGGUUUGUCAGCCAGUUCACUCUGAGCCCAGGCUAUCUCAGCCCAGCCAAGGUCCAGAUAGCACACAGGUUACAAUGGUAUCUUCCACUAGUGAAGGCUAUGCUGGCUCUGCACAGAUGUACCAAACUCCUCAUCCCACAGAACAGCGGUCCCAAAAGGAUGCCAUGGAACAAAUCCAGGCAUCUUUAACCUUAAGUACAGAUCCAACGCAGACUUCCUCGUCACUUCCUGCUGCUUCCCAACCUCAGGUGUUUCAGACUGGGUCCAACAAGCCUCUGCAUAGCAGUGGUAUCAAUGUGAAUGCUGCUCCAUUCCAGUCCAUGCAGACUGUGUUCCUGCCUGGAGUCCUGCUUUCAGAUGGUCUCCUGCAGCAGCCUGCCAUAGACAAAAGUCCUGAAAUGCAGGUAUUUAAUAUGAAUGCACCUGUCCCCCCUGUGAAUGAAGCAGAAACGCUGAAACAGAACCAGUACCAAACCAGUUACAACCAAUCUUUCCCUGGCCAGCCUCUUCAAGUGGAACAAUCUGAUCUUCAACAAGAGCAGCUACAAACAGUGGUAAACCCUUACCAUUCAUCGGACCAGUCUCACCAAGCUUCUGCCGGGCAUCAGCAGGCACAACAGCAAAAUACCGGAUUUCCUCGCAACAACCAACCCUUCUAUAACAACCGAGGGAUGCCCCGUGGUGGACAGCGUGGCAGUAGGGGCUUGAUGAAUGGUUACAGAGGGCCAUCUAAUGGCUUCAGAGGAGGUUAUGAUGGUUACCGCCCCGCCUUCUCCAACACUCCGAACACCGGUUAUUCGCAGCCACAAUUUAAUGCUCCCCGGGAUUAUACCAACAACUACCAGCGGGAUGGCUACCAACAAAACUUUAAGCGUGGCACUGGACAAGGAGGUCCUCGGGGCGCUCCUCGAGGUCGCGGAGGGCCCCCAAGACCUAGCGGAGGGAUGCCACAAAUGACCAGUCAGCAAGUCAAUUAACCCCAUUGGAAGGAGGCCUUUGCACACCAGUUGGUGUCUGUUGCAAGAAGUUACAUUUUUGUUUUAUAUUUCUUAUUCCUCCUCCCCUAUUGCCCUCUUCUUCUUUGCCAGGAAAUCCCUUUUUAGGGGAGGUUUUACUUGUUUUUACUGUUGCCUGGUUUGGGCCGAGACUACUCUCAGCUUUACAAUAACUGGAUAUGCAAACAAUCCAUAUGCUGCACCAUCUUCCUGUAUGUCAGUGAUCGCUUGGCGCUUAACUGGCUCUGAAGGACAAAUUCUCUUUAAAAAAUUUUUUUUUUUGGGGUAAUGUAGCCACUUUUCGGGGG